UUAAAUGAAAUAUUAUUGGUCUGAUAGCAGAUAGGAGAAAAAGAUCGAUUGAUAUAGGAUUUCAGCUGCAUAAGAAGGUGACUGAGCAGGAAUUGAGGCCAUGAGUGUGAUGAUAACUAGGAGUUGGGGAUCGAACCCGGGGACCUCCAACACGACAGCCCAGACAGUGCUCCAGACCUUCCGGUCAACACGACAGCCCAGACAAUGCUCCAGACCUUCCGGUCAACACGACAGCCCAGGCAGUGCUCCAGACCUUCCGGUCAACACGACAGCCCAGGCAGUACUCCAGACCUUCCGGUCAACCCUAUCCCGAGCUGAGUGAAGAGAUGAACUUGGAGGCAUGGAGACUCCUGAGAAGUCUGUUGCCAUAGUAACUGUUCAACCUGAAAAGUUGGUGACCAUAACUCAUAUCAAUCAAGUAUUCACUGAUAACCCAGCAGCUGUAGAACAGUGUGUCCAGGAUAAAUUACAAAAAUUACUGGAACUCAAUCAAGACAAGAAAACUCACACUGCAGCACAGAAUGAAAUACAGGCAGAAGAAGACCAAGUGAUUAGAUAUGAAGUUACUCAAAACCCCAGUCUACUGAAGAGAAACAAAAAUUAUAACUGUGAAAGUUGUGGUAAAAUAUUUGGACGAUCAUCACACCUUAGACGCCAUGAAAGAAUUCACACUGGGGAGAGACGUUUUGUGUGUGAAGUUUGUGGUAAAGCUUUCCAUCAGAGUUCUGGUUUAAAGAGGCAUGCAAUCAUUCAUACUGGUGAGAAAUCUUGUGAAUGUAAGGUGUGUGGUAAACAAUUUGCUCACAGUUCAAGCUUGAACACACAUAUGCUUCUACACAUAGGGAUAAGACCAUACAUGUGUGAUAUUUGUGGCAGAGCAUUUUUUCAGAACAGUAAUUUAAAGAAACACUUGGAACGUCAUGAAAAAACCUCAAUAUUUCAAUGUGAAAUCUGUUUCAAAGGCUAUGCAACAAAAAACCAUCUCCAAUCUCAUAUAAAGAGACACCAUGAAAGUUUCUUGGCAAACUGUAAUAUUUGUUUUAAGCAAUUCAGAAGUGAAAAACAGCUCCAGACACAUGAGAAGACACAUCAAAGAAGUGGGGACCCUAUAUGUAAAGUCUGUGGGAAGAAGUUUAAAAAUCAUUCCAAUGUUGAGCGCCAUAUGAUGAUUCACACAGGCCAAAAGCCAUAUGUUUGUGAUGAGUGUGGGAAGGCGUUCAAUCAGCUACAAUAUCUAAACACCCAUAUGAUGAUCCACACAGGCCAAAAGCCAUAUAGCUGUGACAUUUGUGGAAAAUCUUUUAUUCAGAAACAGAACAAAGGGCAACACAUGAAAACGCACAAGAAAUCAAUUGAUAUGUGCUAGAAAUUCUAACUCAGCAACAAUGGAAUCGCAUAAUACUAAUUGAGAAAAUCUUCCUCUUUAACACAUAAAACACAUACAAAUCAAUUGAAUUCAAUUGUGCUAUGCAUUCCUACCUACCUACCUAGUCCUUGUUGCACUCGUGGGCACAUAGGGCAAGGACUAGUUUCUUCCACUCCUCUCUGUCUUUUGCAGCCUUUUCAAUUUCACCCCAGGUCAUGCCAACCUCUCUCAUUUCUGUUUCAACGAUCCUCCUCCAGGUGGUCUUUGGAAGGCCUUGCUUUCUUUUCCCUUCUGGAGUCCAUCGAAGUGAGACCCUAGUGAUGUCAUUGAUGGGUUUCCUUAAGACAUGCCCAAUUCAUCUCCAAAGGUAUUUCAUAAGUAUGGUGUGCAUGUCUGAGGAUUUUGUUCUUGCAUUCCUACUCAGCAACAAUUGAAUCCUAUAAUACUGAUGGGGAAACUCUUCUUGAAAAUCAACUCAAAUUCUGUUCAUUUCAAUGUGUUGACAAGUCUUCUACUUGUAUACUAUGUACAUGUAUUGUAUGGUAUUUAUACUCGUAUAUUUUUGUAUUACUGUAUUUAAACUUGAGUUUUACAAAUUGGUACAGUCAAGCUUUAAUUAUGGGAUUUGUGAGAUUGAUUGCUGUUCAUUAUCUUCACCUUUUAAUAAAUCACUGUUUAUCUUGA